AAAGUGAAAUUAAGUGUCGAGAUUUUAAAGGCAGAGUCGAAAGUUUGUCAAGAAAUACUUUAUCAAGAUUCUGGAAUAAUUUAAAGAUAUUCUAUGUUUCAAGAGGCCCCAGCAGGAAUAAUCUGGUCUGGAUCAGCAUAGAAAUGGAUGGAUCUGCUUCUGAAAUGCGCCCCCCUGUGGGGUGUAAGAGAAAGAGCCCUGAGAGUGUCCUGAUGAAGAGAGCAGACUCCCCUGUACCCAGCUGUGUUUCCCUGAAGAGUGACUGGUCAAUGGAGCCCCCACUCGCCUUCAGAGAGGGACCUUUUCCUACAGAUCAAAGAGACCAAAUGGAAGAAUGCAGUUCAAAUCUACAUGAUAAAUCGGGUUUAUCAUCCAUAUUGAAGUCGCUAGAGGAAAAAGCCAUGAAGUUCCUAAAGGAGGAACUGAAGACGUUUGUGAGGCACCUAGAUCAGAAUUACCCAGAAUGCUCUGAGCCUCAGCUGGAGGAGGACAAUGACCUGGACUGUGAUGGUCAGAUGCAGAAGACCAGUGUUAGAGAGGUAGCUCUGAAGAUCACACUGUACAUCCUGAGGACCAUGAAGCAAAAUGAUCUUGCUGACCUGCUGGACAAGAGACAGCUCAUGCUGCAACAUCAACAGGAAAUCAAAUGUAAACUUAAGAAGCAAUUUGAGUGUGUAUUUGAAGGGAAAGCUAAGGAAGGACAGCCAACACUUCUCAGUGAGAUUUACACAGAACUCUACAUAACUGAAGGUGGGACUGGAGCAGUCAAUGAUGAACAUGAAGUGAGACAGAUUGAAACAGCAUCCAAGAAAAGGCGAACAGAAGAUACUACAGUCAAGUGCAAUGAUAUAUUUAAACCCUUAUGUGGGCGUGUGACUCCUAUCAGAACUGUACUCACUAAAGGGGUGGCAGGUAUCGGAAAAACAGUCUCUGUGCAGAAAUUUAUUCUGGACUGGGCAGAAGGAAAAGCAAACCAGGAUGUUCACUUCAUAUUUGCUCUUCCUUUCCGGGACCUGAAUUUGAUUAAGGGUGAAUACAGUCUGAUUGAACUGCUUCACCACUUUGUCCCAGAACUGAAAUCAUUUCAAUCCACUGACCUGUUUAGCUCCAAAGUCUUGUUCAUCUUUGAUGGUCUGGAUGAGUGUCGCCUUCCUCUGGAUUUUCAGAACAAUGAGAGCUGGUUUGAUGUAACAAAGAAAACGUCACUAGAUGUGCUGUUGACUAACCUCAUUAAGGGGAAUCUGCUCCCAUCCGCUCUCCUCUGGAUAACCUCCCGGCCAGCAGCAGCCAAUCAGAUACCUGCUAAGUGUGUCCACCAGGUGACAGAGAUACGAGGGUUCAGUGAUGCCCAGAAGGAGGAGUAUUUCAGGAGGAGAUUUAAUGAUCAGAGCCUGGCCAGCAGGAUUAUCGCACAUGUGAAAUCAUCAAGGAGCCUCUUCAUCAUGUGCCACAUACCUGUGUUCUGCUGGAUUUCAGCCACUGUGCUUAAGAGGCUUUUUAGUGAGACUGACAGGGGAGAAAUUCCAAAGACUCUGACUGAAAUGUACACACACUUCCUGAUCUUUCAGACAAGUUUAAAAAAUUACAAGUAUAUGAAAAACCAUGAAACUAAGCUUAAGGAAUACAGCAAGGAAUUUCUUUUGACACUUGGUAAACUUGCUUUUGACAACCUUGAGAAAGGCAAUCUCAUAUUUUAUGAGCAAGAUCUGACAGGGAAUGGCAUUGAUGUCACUGAAACUUCAGUUUACUCUGGAGUGUGCACAGAAGUCUUUAAAGAGGAGUAUGGGUUGUACCAGGAGAAGGUGUACUGCUUUGUGCAUCUGAGCAUCCAGGAGUAUCUAGCUGCUUUAUAUGCUUUAUAUGUGUUUCUGUCAAACUCAUCAGCUGACCUGCUGAAGACUGCAGUGAAUCAGGCAUUAGAGAGCAAGAAUGGACACUUGGACCUCUACCUCCGCUUCCUCCUGGGCCUCUCAACAGACUCCAGUAAGACUCUGUUACAAAGACUACUGGGGCCGACAAGAAUCACCUCACAUACCAUUAAGGAUACAGCCCAGUACAUCAAGGGGAAAAUAAAGGAGAAUUUAUCUCCAGAAAGGACCAUCAAUCUGUUCCACUGUCUGACUGAACUGGGUGACAAUUCUCUAGUAGAGGAAGUACAAAGAUACCUGAAUUCAGGAAACAUUUCAGUAGAUGACCUCUCACCUGCACAAUACUCAGCUCUGGCCUUUGUGAUGCUGAUGUCAGAUGAGGAGCUGGAUGUGUUUGACCUGAAAAAAUACAUCAGAUCAGAUGAAGAGCACUGCAGGCUGCUGCCUGUGGUCAAGAACUCCAGGACGGCUCUGCUGAACAGCUGUGAUCUCAUAGAUAAACACUGUGAAGUGCUGUCUUCAGCUCUAAGAUCAAACUCUUCCCCCCUGAGAGAGCUGGACCUGAGUGACAAUAACCUGAAGGAUUCAGGAGUGAAGCUGCUCUCUGCUGCACUGGGGGAUUUACACUGUAAACUGGAGAUACUGAGGCUGUCAGGCUGUAGAGUCACAGAAGAAGGCUGUUCUUCCCUGGCUUCAGCUCUGAGGUCAAACCCCUCACACCUGAGAGAGCUGGACCUGAGCUACAAUCACCCAGGAGAUUCAGGAGUGAAGCUACUCUCUGCUGUACUGGAGGAUCUCAGCUGUAAACUGGAGAAGCUGCAGGUGGGCCGGUGUGAACUCACAGAGAAAUGCUGUGAGGCACUGGCUUCAGCUCUCAGAUCAAACUCCUCACCCCUGAGAGAGCUGGACCUGAGUGACAAUGACCUGCAGGACUCAGGAGUGAAGCUGCUCUCUGCUGGACUGGGGGACUUACACUGCAACCUGGAGAUACUGAGGUAUGACUGGGUAUUCCACACUGUAAACUGGGGGUAGUGAGGUGAGUAUUACUGGGUAUUUCACACUGUACGCUGGAAAUACUACGGUAGAAAAUAACUAAUGAUUUCAAAAUAAAGCAGGAGUAUCUAAGUCUAGGGGUUGACUUAAAAAAUAACAUUAGAUUCGCUACAGUAAAUGGAAUGUCGAAAGUAAGACUGCAUUGGAGGUUAAGGAUGACAUUAAAAGUUUCUUCCAAUAUUUUAACUCCAAAAGAGCUCUAAAAGCUGAAAUCACUCAUCUGCAGGAUAGUAAGGGCCUUAUAAUUGAAAAUGAAAAUUGAUAUAGUAAAUGAGUUUAAUGAUUAUUUUACACGGGUGUUCACAGUAGAGGACAUGCUUAACUUGCCACCAUUUAGUACAAAUACAGUGUCGUAUAUAAACAAUAUUCAGUCCCUCCACAAUUAUUGGCCGCCUUGUAAAGAUUUGUAAAAAGGGUUAGAAAAAAAUCCACCUUUUGGCGAAGCAGCUUCAUCUCACACUGAAAAAAAUGAGAAAAAUCCAACCUUUCAUUGAAAUAAAUUUAUUCAAAGAAAAACAAAUCCUUCAUCAAGAAAUAAUUAUUUUUAACAAAAACACAUGUGCCACAAUUAUUGGCAGCCCUGCUUUUAAUACUCUGUACAGCCUCCCUUUGCCAGUAUAACAGCACUGAGUCUCCUAUGACAUUUUAUAAGGUUGGAGAAUACAGAGCAGGGCAUCUGAGACCAUUCCUCUUUACAGAAUCUCCCCAGAUCACCCAGGGUCCUCGGCCCUCUCUUGUACACUCUCCUCUUCAGCUCAGCCCACAGGUUUUCAGUGUGGUUCAGGUCAGGGGACUGAGAUGGCCAUGGCAGAAGCUUGAUUCUGCGGUCAGCUGACCAUUUUUAUGUUGAUUUGGACAUGUGCUUAGGAUCACCGUCCUGCUGGAAGAUCCAAUGAAGGCCCAGUUUUUGUUUCCUGGCAGCAGCAGCCAAAUUUUGAUAUAAAAUGUCCUGGUAUUUCAUGGACCCCAUAGUGCCAUGUACCCUAAACGAGGUUUCCAGGGUUUUUGGAGGAAAAACAGCUGCACAACAUCACAAAACCUCCACCAUAUCUUACAGUUGGCAUAAGGUUCAUUUCAUUAUAACCAUCCUUCUUUUUACGCUAAACCCACCUUGAAUGUUUAUUGCCAAAAAGCAUUUUUGUUUCAUCAGAUUUUGAGUUGAAUUUGAUUCCAGUCAAAGUUGUAUAAUGUUUUGAAAACUCCUGGCACUAACAUUUUAAGUAACUGACAGAAAAAGCUUCUUUCUGUCAUACCUUUCAAAACGUCCAUACCUCAAUCCCCUCAUAAGUAUGUCUGCUAGGUGGAGUCGAAGGUGCAGUAUAAUCCUGUUAUAAUGGACUCGCUUAUAACGGAAUAUCGUCUAUAACAGACGAGGACUGCCGGUUGUGCACCUUUAAUUACAUGCAGAAAAAGCAUCGGACAUAGCGGACUCGCAUAUAAUGGAGUGUGUGUGAGAGUGUCUGUGGCAGGGUACGCGUGUGUGAGAGUGUCUUCGGCAGGGUAAGUGUGCGUGAGAGUGUCUGCGGCAGGGUACGUGUGUGUGAGUGUGUCUGUGACAGGGUACGCGUGUGUGAGAGUGUCUGCGGCAGGGUACGCGUGUGUGAGAGUUUCUGAGGCAGGGUACGUGUGUGUGAGAGUGUCUGAGGCAGGGUACGUGUGUGUGAGAGUGUCUGAGGCAGGAUACGUGUGUGUGAGAGUGUCUGUGACAGGGUACGUGUGUGUGAGAGUGUCUGAGGCAGGGUACGCGUGUGUGAGAGUGUGUGAGGCAGGGUACGCGUGCGUGAGAGUUUCUGCGGCAGGGUACGCGUGUGUGAGAGUGUCUGCGGCAGGAUACGUGUGUGUGAGAGUGUCUGACAGGGUACGCGUGCGUGAGAGUGUCUGAGGCAGGGUACGCGUGUGUGAGAGUGUCUGAGGCAGGGUACGCGUGUGUGAGAGUGUCUGCGGCAGGGUACGCGUGUGUGAGAGUGUCUGCGGCAGGGUUCGCGUGUGUGAGAGUGUCUGUGACAGGGUACGCGUGUGUGAGAGUGUCUGUGACAGGGUACGUGUGUGUGAGAGUGUCUGUGACAGGGUACGCGUGUGUGAGAGUGUCUGUGACAGGGUACGCGUGUGUGAGAGUGUCUGUGACAGGGUACGUGUGCGUGAGAGUGUCUGCGGCAGGGCACGCUUGUGUGAGAGUGUCUGCCGCAGGGUACGCGUGUGUGAGAGUGUCUGUGACAGGGUACGCGUGUGUGAGAGUGUCUGUGACAG